GGCUUCAACAUUUCACUUCUCUACCAAUUGAAAAUGAAGAAAUUAACGGCGAUGACUUGAACAAUCCAAAUAGUCAUUUGUUCAAGGAUUUGUGCAACAUAUCGAGUGUCGGAGUUAUGGAUAACUUAAUUCUGAGAAGUUAUGAUCAGAAAUUAAUGGAUGACAAAAUUGAAGAUGGUCCAUAUGUCCGAGUCACUGUUGGAAAUAAAUCGAAAAUUAUCAGAAAAUCUUCGCUCUGUUGGUUGCUAGAGGAAACUAAAAAUAGGGUUAGUACAGACAGACUACAACGUUUUGUUGUAAAAAGUACAGAAAGACCUCAAAGGGCACUAGAAGUAGGUCGCAAAAAGUUGAAUUCAUUAAAAUCCAAAGGAACAUACAUAAAGAGAAGCUCGAAGAGAGGUAAGAGAGAGAACUCUGGAGAUAUCUCAGAUAGUUCUGAAGAUGAUACCAUCAUAAAAUAUGACGACAGUCCAAGUACAGAAACGUUCUCUGAAAAUGACUCUGAAGCUGGUAUUGGAAUUAACUUUAAUGAAGGCGAAUAUCAAGACAAUUUUCUUAGAGAAUAAUAAAUAUUAUGCCGUAUAUUAUGACGAAGGAUGGUUUAUUGGAAAACUUCUGAGGCAUAUUGAUGGUACUGCCGAUAAUCCAAUAGUCGAAAUCACAUUUUUAAAACAGAAUAAAAGAAAGAAAUGUGAAUUUAAAUGGCCUGGGAAAGAAGAUUUGUCAAAUGUAGAAACACAAUAUAUAUUUUUCGGACCUAUAGCAAUAAAGGAGAAAGAAUCGGGUAUUUUCAAUAUCACUGAAGACGUGUUGAGUCAGAUUAAUAUUGCUUACUCUAAUAAAAAGCAGAAGUGAUGACAUAUUAUUAGUUAUUAUUAGAAAAUAUAGACAGCGAAUAAUACUGUAUUUUAGUUAGUCUUGUUUACUACAUAAGGGUUGCUAAUAAAAAUUUUUUUAAAUUUU